AUGGCGCCAUCCAUUAAUAUCCCGAUUGCCUUGCUCAUCGCCUUCACCGCCAUGUCGCUGCAGCCAUCGCCAUCAGCGGCGUUCUCGUUCCCACCAAUCGUCCCAUGCAUACCGGGCCUUCCUCGGAUCCCACUGUUCCCUUGCUAUGAGCCGCCGCCGCAGCCGGCGCCACCGAAGGAGCCGACGGAGUGCCGGUCGCACCUCAUGAACAUGAUGCCCUGCGCGGGCUUCCUCACCAACACCAGCGUGACGGCGCCUUCGGCCACGUGCUGCGACGGCUUCACGCGGGUCGCCCACGAGGGAGCAGCCAUCUGCUACUGCCGCGUCGUCAACGGCGACAUCGGCCAGCUCUUUCCGGCGCCGAUGAACUUCACGCGCAUGUUCGCCCUCGACACAGCGUGCAGCGCGCCUUUCCAGCUGAGAGCACUGGCCAAGCACUGCGACACAGGAGCACCGUAG